AGUCGUGGUUCUUUAAGAGCUAAACUGAUUUUUAAGCAACCCCCAGCAAGUCUGUGAAUGUGUCAAUCAGCAGGCGGUGCUCUUUGAUGCCUGCAGCCACAGCCGCUCCUUCGGCCGAAACGCGCUAUUAAUGUCGCUGCCGGGCCAUGUUAGUGUCACCCAUCGCGGCGACUUCUGUCUUCUUUCACACUUUUUUGCACGGGGUCUGACCGCCACCGUUUGCACCAGAGACAACCAACAAGCGCUGCUGCUCGGGUCAUAUAAAAGGAGAGGGAUACAACUUAAGUUUAAGCUUUUUUAUUUUUGGAAGAAAAAAAAUGCCUCAGCUCAAUAGCGGCGGAGGGGACGAUUUCGGAGCUAACGAUGAAAUGAUUUCUUUUAAGGAUGAAGGAGAGCAAGACGAGAAGAUCCAAGAAAACGCACAGACCGAAAGCGAUUUGGCGGACCUGAAAUCGUCUUUGGUGAACGAAUCAGAAAUAAACCUGAAUCCGAAUUCAGGAGCAGACCAGGGGGUGGUCAGACGGGGACAGCAGGGCGAGCACGGAGUCCUUACGGGCAAACAUGCGGAUCCUGCCGAUGGGUCCAAACAUCAAGACAGAGAUCGAUACAAAGCAUCCGCCUUUUCAGGAUACCAGUUCAUGAUGCUGUCUGACCCAUACAGCGGAUCUCUGUCAGCGUCGUCAAACAGCAUGCCCGUGGUCCAGCAGCAGCACGGGAUGCACCCCCUCAGCUCGCUGCGGCCAUACUCCAGCGAACCCUUCCGGCCCAGUUCUCCACAGCUGCCCACAGAUGCGAGUCAGAAGCCAGGUGUUCACAGGCCACAGUGCCAGGACAUAACAGCGUUUUAUUCCCUUCCUCCAGGCAGCGUGGGACAGAUCCCACAUCCCAUGGGCUGGCAAAGCCAGCCUGUCUGUCCGCUGUCCUCCUGCGGCUUUGGCCAAUCUUACUCCCCCAGCCACCCUUGCAGCUCCUCCUUUGCUCGGUUUCCUCAUUCUUUUAUGUUGGGACCUUCAAGCAUGCAUGCAACAGGUAUACCCCACCCUGCCAUAGUGCCCCCUACUGGCAAACAGGAUGAGGAUGAACCAUGUGACAGAAAUACUUACUCGCCGUGGUGGCACGCGCUGUCCAGGGAGGAGCAGGCCAAGUACUACGAGCUGGCCAGGAAAGAAAGGCAGCUUCACAUGCAGCUCUACCCCAGCUGGUCUGCCCGGGACAACUACGGGAAGAAGAAAAAGAGGAAGAGAGAGAAGCAGCAGGACGCCAGCUCAGACGCCAGCUCUCCUAUGAAAUGCCGGGCCCGGUUUGGCCUCAGUCAGCAGACAGACUGGUGUGGUCCCUGCAGGAGGAAAAAGAAGUGCAUUCGCUACCUACAGGGAGAAGGAGAGUGUGGGAGCCGCCCUUCUUCCAACGGCAGUGCUGUAGAUUUACCCUGCUCCCCGGCCGACACCCCUGCCCCCUGCUGUCCUCAGUCUUGCCGGAGCGUGCACGCCCUCUCCGCCCUGAGAACCCUUCAGAGUCUCCACACUGCCUCCGAAAGCUUUAGUGGCGCCGCUCCCUCAGGCUCCGCCUCCAUUGCACUCUCAUUGUUAUCACCCUGCUCUGCCAGCACCAGAACAAACCAAUGGGAACGAGCGCAGUGACGCGGCCCAGCCACAAGGGCGGCGAGGCUGGCCUCGCUGGAGAGCUAACAACCCGCAUCUUCGCAGACAGAGCCGCUUCUCUACCUGCCGCUAUGAGCGACUCGGUGGCUCUUCCAUGUCAUUACAAGCCAAGCAAAAGGCAAAACAGAACAGUAUACCGAGUUAGCCUGCACCCCCACCCCUUUAAGCACAAGUUUGCCAAUACACGGAGAACGUAUAGAACCUGCUUCCUUGUUUAAGUAGUUUAUUGAAACAGGUUUUAGUUCCAAAUCCUUUAUAAUUACCAAACUACAUUUCAAAAGGACCUUUGUAUUCACAUUUAUUACAAAACACUGUAAUUAUCAUGGAAGGGAGCCUGAGCACUGAAGGAAGAAAAUUUACUUCGUUACCAUUAUACUACUUUUGUAAAACCACAAAUUAGAUUUUACAUCCUCUGAUGUACUAUUUUUGUUAGAUGGAAGGAAUUUUUCACAUUUAUCUAAUUUAUCAAACGAUCAGGUUCAUGAAUAAAAAUAAAUAGUUCCUUUCAAAA